UAGAUUUAUCAGGUAUGUUUCUGUUGCAUAAAUGAAUAAAUUAUUGUUGAAACGGAACAAUCAAGGAGAGUAAUACAUUUUACAGAAGAACUGAUAUGUAUAUGUUGUGGUUUGACGACGAGAAAAUGAUGCAUAGUUACAAUUUAUAGAUUGUUCUUAAUAUGGUUCGUUUCGUAAUAGUUUUGCUAUUAAUAUCCACUGGCGAACCAUGGUUUAAACGGAUAGUUUCGGCUCCGAUUAAUGAUGAGGAUGAAAUGAACGAGAAGAGUUACAAACGACAAUUGGAAUUAUUUGAAAACGAAGUUCAAGAUAACUGGGAACAUGAUGAUCACGAGUAUCUUUCACAGCGUGAACUACAUGACGCCAAAGAGGAAGAAACGAAGAAUUCUCAGAGUUCUCUCGAUAAUGAAAAUGACAAGCGCUGGAUAGAUGUGGAUAUGCCUGACAAAAGUGAAUCUGCGGAAAACAAUUCUCCUGCAGUGAAUUAUAAAUUGCCAAAGAAUGGAGAGAUAUUUCAAGGAGACAUCGUUAUGGAUGAUUAUGUGCGAAGUGUAUUUGAUGGUGAAGCCGAGAAACGGGAUGCAGUGAACAUCAGAAAAUACCGCUGGAAACAUGGACUUGUUUACUACACGUUUCAUCGACGCAUUGAUCGUAUUUCAAAAAUGGAGAUAAAGAGAGCAAUGCGCCUGUAUCACAAAUACACUUGUAUUCGUUUCAAAAGAAAAAGACGAGGAGAUGGAGUCAAGGAUUAUGUUCGUUUUAUAUCAAAUGGAUCAGCGUGCUAUUCCCAUGUUGGCCGUCGUGGUGGCAGACAAGACGUGUCGAUUGGUUCUGGUUGCUACAGAGUGGGAACUUCUAUCCAUGAAAUAAUGCACGUGCUCGGUUUUUUUCACGAAAUGGCUCGUCCUGAUCGCGAUGAAUAUAUUAAGAUACAUUGGGAGUAUAUUAAGAAAGCAUUGAGGCAUAACUUCAGGAAAAUACCAAAAUCUUUGGAUUUGAAUCUCGUACCCUACAAUCUGAACUCUUUGAUGCAUUACAGCAACGAUGCUUUUUCUACAGAUGGUUAUCAUCACACUAUUACGUCACUGGAAGAUCCUGAUAGAGAAUUUGGUCAGAGAAAAGAUUUUAGCGUUGGCGAUAUUAUGGAAAUUAACAAGUUGUAUGGUUGUCUCCAAAAAAAUAGAAGAUUUGCUGGUGUUCCUAUAACAACUGUGUUAAAGGAUUAAGUUAACGCUGAAUACAUUAAAAUGUCAAUCGAAGUUGAAUUGUAUGCAUUUCCUUAACCAAUAAACCAACUUUUAUCCUUUA